AUGUCGUCCCCUGCACCCAGGCGCUCGCAGCGCAAUUCCGCAUCUGCUACUCCCAGGCGGAGCCAGCGCAACUCUCAGAUUCCUCUCAGCAGUCCCACCGCUGCCAACCAACAAUUGCAAUCAGAAGCCUCGCAAGCCUCGACACCCAGAAACCGCAUCCAACAGCAAAACGUUCCCACCUCCUCCCCUCUGUUCUACAAUGGCUCCACUCCCUCUGGCAGCUCUGCGGCCGCCAACGGUCCCGCCAAUGGCACCGAUGGCGACAGGACGCCGAGAGCGUCGGCUAUGAACGUUGGAGACUCGUCACCCAUCCGCUAUUCUAGCUCCAGCCCUACGCGCGCUGCCAACGCGCAGCGCGAACCCCGCAGUGCCAGCAGCGGCCUGUUUGUUCGAUCCUCGCUCUCCGGCCCGCCCGGCUCGUCCGCACGCAACAGGCGAAACGACAUAAACUCAGACAUCUUCGGCAGCGCCCGCGGCCGCCGUAUCUUCGUCGAUGAACGCGGCAACACCGUUGGCGCCGGCGGUCAGGUAUCAGAUGUCGCAACCUUUUCCAACCUCGACCCUCACACCUCGGACGCCGAUGCCAUGGGCGGUACCUCUUCGAGGGUCGUUUGGGGUACCAACAUCUCGGUUGUCGACUCCAUGCACGCCAUGAAGGACUUCCUCUUCAACUUCCAGAAGAAGUACCGCCUCGUCCAGGACGGCACUCUGCAAGAAGGGCAACAACUGCCUCAGGAUCAUCCUGGGACAGCAAAGGAGUACGUGGAGAUGAUGAAGACCAUGUUGGACCUGGGCGUAACGGUUCUCAACCUGGACGCGCGCAACCUCAAGUCCUAUCCUCCUACGCGAAAGCUCUGGCAUCAGCUGCAAGCCUUCCCCAACGAAAUCAUCCCGCUUAUAGAUGUGGCCCUCAAGGACGUCAUGGCCGAGCUGGCUGAGAAGCGCAUGAAUGAGAUGAGGAUGCAGCAACAGCAAGGUCAGAGGCAACAGAGGGCGAGGGACGGCAGCUCCUUGCCGCCAGUCCCCAGCUCCGAUGUCGAUUCUCCCGCUGCGUUCCCCAACGACCCUGCCGGUGCCGCCGCCGAGGUGCCAGACUUGGUUCGUGAGGUCGAAUCAAGGAUCUACAGAAUCCGUCCGUUCGGCCUCGAUCAGACAAUCAACCUUCGUGAGCUGAACCCAGGCGACAUGGACAAACUGGUCAGCAUCAAAGGUCUCGUCAUCCGGACGACUCCCAUCAUUCCGGACAUGAAAGAUGCUUUCUUCCGCUGUUCCGUCUGCAAUCACACCGUCAAGGUCGACAUUGACCGCGGCAAGAUCGCCGAACCCACCCAGUGCCCCCGUCCGGUUUGCGCCUCGCCCAACUCGAUGCAAAUCGUGCACAACAGGUCUGGAUUCGCGGACAAGCAAGUCAUCAAGCUCCAGGAGACGCCCGACAGCGUCCCGGACGGACAAACACCGCACUCCGUCUCCUUGUGCGCGUACGACGAGCUCGUCGACGUUUGCAAGGCAGGUGACCGGGUGGAGAUUACCGGCAUCUUCAAGUGCAACCAAGUCCGCGUCAACCCCAGGCAACGGACCGUCAAGAACAUCUUCAAGACUUACGUCGACGCCGUGCACAUCCAAAAGGUCGACAAGAGGAGAAUGGGCAUCGAUACGUCCACGAUCGAAGAGGAACUCUCCGAACACGUCGCUGGAGACGUCGAAGAGGUGCGUAAGGUCAGCGAGGAGGAAGAAGCCAGGAUCAAGGAGGUUGCCGCCCGCCCGGACGUCUACGAGCUGCUCGCCAGGUCAUUGGCUCCCAGCAUUUACGAGAUGGACGACGUGAAGAAGGGCAUCCUCUUGCAGCUGUUUGGUGGCACGAACAAGUCGUUCGAGAAGGGAGGCAGCCCUAAGUACAGGGGCGACAUCAACGUUCUCCUCUGCGGUGACCCGUCCACCUCCAAAUCACAGCUGCUCCAAUACGUCCACAAAAUUGCACCACGUGGCGUGUACACCAGCGGCAAGGGUUCUUCGGCUGUCGGUCUCACAGCAUACGUGACACGCGAUCCGGAGACACGCCAACUUGUGCUCGAGUCCGGUGCGCUCGUGCUGUCAGAUGGCGGCGUGUGCUGCAUCGACGAGUUCGACAAGAUGUCGGAUGCAACGCGCUCGGUGCUGCACGAAGUCAUGGAGCAGCAAACCGUCUCCAUUGCUAAAGCCGGCAUCAUCACGACGCUGAACGCCCGCACUUCUAUCCUCGCGUCUGCCAACCCCAUCGGUAGCAAGUACAACCCCAACCUCCCCGUCCCACAAAACAUCGACCUGCCCCCCACCCUCCUCUCGCGUUUCGACCUCGUCUACCUUGUCCUCGACCGCAUCGACGAGCAGAAUGACCGUCGUCUCGCACGCCACUUGGUCGGCAUGUACCUCGAAGACACGCCCGCCAAUGCGGCCGCCAAUGAGGUUCUCCCUGUGGAAUUCCUCACGGCGUACAUCUCGUACGCCCGCACUCAGGUCCAGCCUCGUCUCACGCAAGCCGCGUCGGACGAGCUCGUGGCCGAAUACGUAGCGAUGCGCAAGCUGGGCGAGGACAUCCGCGCGGCCGAGCGCCGUAUCACGGCGACGACGAGGCAGCUGGAGUCGAUGAUCCGACUGUCGGAGGCGCACGCCAAGAUGCGGCUGUCGGCGACGGUCGAGGCGUCGGACGUGCGUGAGGCGGUGCGGCUGAUCAAGAGCGCGCUCAAGCAGGCCGCGACGGACGCGCGCACCGGCCUCAUCGACAUGGCGCUGCUGACCGAGGGCACGAGCGCGAGCGAACGCCGCAGAAAAGAAGACCUCAAGAACGGCGUGCUAGCCGCACUCGAUGACAUGACCCGCGCCGGCACCGCCGUCCGCCUUAGCGAUGUCAUUAGGCGCAUUGGCGAGGGUGCGAGCGUGCCCGUCGAGGGCCAGGAGGUCGUCGAGGCCCUCAGGGCGUUGGAGGCGGAGGGCAAGGUGCAGGUUACCGGAGAGGGCGCGCGGAGAAGCGUUAGGAGGGUCACAGGUGUUUUGUAA